UGACGUCAUUUAUUCCGCGUUGGCCUGGACGUGGCACCGAGGAGGAGCUGCGCCCACUCCGAUUCAUCUCCGCCUGUUCCCGGUCUGUUCCCCGGCUCUGACCAACAGCUACUCCCGGACUAACGGCUGACCUCCUGCCGCCGCUGAACCGGGACGUUUUAGUAAAAUGGGCCUGACGAUCUCGUCUCUGUUCUCCCGGUUCUUCGGGAAAAAGCAGAUGAGGAUCCUGAUGGUGGGUUUGGACGCAGCUGGAAAAACAACGAUCCUCUACAAACUGAAGCUCGGGGAGAUCGUCACCACCAUCCCAACUAUUGGUUUUAAUGUGGAGACGGUUGAGUACAAGAACAUCUGUUUCACAGUCUGGGAUGUCGGUGGUCAGGACAAGAUCAGACCUCUGUGGAGACACUACUUCCAGAACACACAGGGUCUGAUCUUUGUAGUGGACAGUAAUGACAGAGAGAGAGUAGCAGAGUCUGCUGAGGAACUCUCCAAGAUGAUCCAGGAGGAUGAGUUGAAGGAGGCGGUUCUUCUGGUGUUUGCUAACAAACAGGAUCUUCCCAACGCCAUGGGAGUCAGUGAACUCACCGACAAACUGGGCCUGCACAGCCUACGCAGCAGAACUUGGCACGUUCAGGCCACCUGUGCCACUCAGGGUACAGGUCUGUACGAGGGUCUGGACUGGCUUUCUGGUGAGCUGUCAAAACGCUAACCUACCGGACGGGUAACAGGAAGCGGCAGACCGAUGUCAUCAACCGAUGUCAUCAACUGAUGUCACCAUGUACAAACUGAUGAAGGGGAGGAGGAGGAGGGGCAGCAGCAGGUGCAGCAGGAGGAGGAGCGUUUCACAGGACUGUUUUUGUUUUGUUUUUUUUAAAUUAUAAAUGUGUCUGUCUGUAGGAGGAUGUGAUGUCAUGGACUCUGAGCACACCUUGAUUUCCCAUCAUCCUCUUCUUCUUCUGUUCUUCCCGCAGAUGUUUGUUAGAUCUGUUUUUUCUUUUAAUCCGCAUGUUUUAACUGAAUCAUGUGACAGGAAGUGGAUCAUGAGGGGCAGGGUUUAUGGCAGGUCAAAGUUACCUGUACGGGGCGGGGUUCGUGACAGUUGACUGUUACCUGAAGGGGACCAGGGGCGGGGUUUGUGACAGGUCACAUUUACCUGAAGGAGGCGGGAUUUGUGACAGGUGACCGUUACCUGUGGGGGGACAGGGUGCAGGGUUUGUGACAGGUGAGCAUUACCUCUUGGGGCAGGGGACAGAAUUACCUACAGGUGAUAGUUACCCGUCAUGUGAUGACUCAUUCCACAGAGCUGAACCCGAAGGCCUCGUCAUUCCUUAUCAAUGUGAAGAAGAAGAAACAGAGACAAUGAUGAUGCAAUAAAGGUUUUUUUUCUUCUCACCUGUUUCCUGUUGACAGAUUUUUUAUUUUUUUUUUUAGUUUUUAUUUUUUUAUUCUAAUAAUUAAGAUUAUUAGCUUCACAUGGUUCUGAAACCCAAAUCAUCCAAAGUAAAAUUGGCAAGGUCCACAAAGGUUCAUUAAAUAUUUGCUUAGUUUUUGUUAUAAGGAGAAAAUUUUCUUUUUAUAACAUAAGUUGGUGUUUGAACAUAUCAGUUCAUCGUGUUAUAUCACGAAAAUGUACCUGUUUUAACGAGAUACGUAGGUUUUGUGUAAAAAUGAGUUUUGUGUUAUAAUGAGAUAAAAAAUUGCUGUUUUUGUUAUAAGAAAAAUUUGUUUUAACAAGAUUUUCACAUUUUAACAAGAUAAUAUUUUUCAUGUUAUUGCUUUUUUAUUGCUAUUAAUACAUAAUAUGUUUUAACAAUCUUUUUUUGUUAUAAAAUUAUUGUUGGUUAUAAAGAGAAUAUUUUCUUGUUAUAACAUAAGUUGGUGUUUGAACAUAUCGUACUGAACAUUUAGUGAUAUAAAAAGUUAAAAAUUAAUUUGCUGUUUCUCCUCACAAGAUUUUUUUUUGUUUGUUUUAACAAGAUCUUAUUCACUAUAGUUGUAUUUUUCAUGUUACGACAUUUUUUUCCUUAUAAAUUUAUUUUGUGUGGCGAGAACGUUUUCUCGCCUUUUUUUUUAACAGGAUAUUUUAUGGAAUAAUGAGAAAGAUAAAGAGAUGUUUUUUUAAGGGGGAAUAAUUUGGUAUUCCACAAUAACGGGAAAAAUAUGUCAUAACAUGAGAAAUAUUUUAUAAUGUGGAAAAGAUCUUAUUAAAAACCUUGUGUUAUAUCAAGAAACUUUCUCGUGUUAUGUUGGUAUGUUAACGCACCAAUUUAUUGUAUUCUAACAAGAAAAUAUUCCAUUUAAAUGAGGUAUGUUUUUACAGCCACCAAGACAAAAAAUAUCUAACUUUGUUUUAACGAGAUAUUUUUCAUUUUAUGACUUUUUUCUCAUUAAUAAAUUAUUCUGUUGUAACAGGAAACUUUUCUGUUAUAACAAUGUUUCACUUUAUGUUGUCUUGAUAAGUUCUCAUUAGUACGCUAAAUUAACAUCUCUUUAAAGACAAACUCUUUUCAAUUAUAACAGAAGUAUGUUUUUUGUGAACACAUCAACUUGUGCAUUGAAUUGAUUUUGUGUAAUUAAGUUUUGUGAUAAAAUUAAACAUCGCUGUCAAUUUAUCGAGAAAUAAAUGUUCAUGGUUUAGAAAAUAUCUUGUAAAGGAACUCGUAGAAAUUAAUUUUCCUCAACAAGUAACAGAACUGAUUUUUUUAUGCUGCAGUAGUUUCUGUUAUAUUACAACUUUGAGAUUGUUACACAAAGUCAGCGCAUCUCGUUAAAACAAAAAUACUCUUGUUAUAACUUUGUGUUUUAACGUACAAACUCAUCCUGUUAUAACAAAAAACAAUAUGACAGUAAUAGGCAGUGGCGCCUUCAUGCACGGGCUCACCUGGGCUCGAGCCCCGGGCCUCCGACCAACCAGGAGCCUCGCGAGCAACAACAGCAGCAAACUCUAAAAGCUACUGGAAACACCAG